AUGUCAGAGAAAAGAGAUCAAGAUUUUGGUGGCUCUGACUCUGAUGAUCAAGUCCGGACUUAUCUGGACCAUUAUUGGUACAUGUAUUUCUACUUCGUAAGCACUACUUUAAGGUCAAGGAAAGAGAACCUUUCUCCCUCGUUGGAGCAUGAGUCAAAUGGUAAUAUGACUGCAGCUUAUAAAUAUUAUGAAAAAAUCGUUGUUGUAUUACCUUCAGUUGCAUAUGACUUGAUUCAGGUCUUGAAGCUGGAAAACGUAUCGUAUAUCGUGGCUCCUUACGAAGCAAAUGCUAAAAUUACCUACCUGGCUGUGAGCAAAGAAGUUGAUGUAGUUAUAAUAGAGGAUUCAGAUUUUAAUGUAUACGGUUGCCCAAGAAUGAUUCUGGAGAUGUGCAUUUUAAGUGGAUGUGAUUAUCCGCAAUCAUUGCCUGGAAUGGGUCUCCAGAAAGCUAAUGCACUCAUAAAGAAGUUCAAAAGCUAUGACCGGGUGAAUGGACAUCAAUAA